UGUUGACAUUUUAAACAAACAUCAAACAAUAAGGUAGAAUAUAUAUAUUUAUAUUUAUAAACUUUUUGUGAACCUGCAAUGCGUAAACAAAGCAAAAGUAUGCUAAAUGGCGGAUACACAAGCAACACCGCCAAGACCAUUAUUUCCAAUGGUUAUGUCAAAGAAAAAGUUAGCAACAGUGUUGAUAGUCUUAAUAGAGAAAACAGUCAAGCUCUUGCUCAAAGGCAACAAAUCAAUGGGCAGUACUAUAAUCAACGGAACGUAACUUGCGUCGACAGUGUUGCACAACCUGCGUCGCCCGAUUUGGGCGACAACGUGCCACAUGCGUCAUGGCGCUGCCACAAGCAUCGAGCAAACCUUUCAAGACUGAAGCUGCCCUUCGCUCAAAAGCCAAAGAAACAGCAACUGCAGCCGCUGCAGCCACAUCGACAGGAACAGACUCAUAACAAUCGAAGUCAGCAACAGCAGCAGCGCCAGAAGGGGCCACUGCCGGGCGCUGCAAAUCAGUGGUAUGCGCUCAGCAAUCGUGUCCAUAAGCACGGCACCACCAUCGAGAUGUUGUACACUGGUCUAACCGUGCCGCAGCCAAGGGAGCAGCUCGAUGUGCGUGCCAUACCGGGAGUCACACACGUGACCAUGGAGCUGCCGGCAGGGGUGUUGCCCAACAUCAGAAAUAGUACUCCAGACAUGCCGUCCCUGAUAAACGCCAUGGAUUUCUUUAGGUGCCCCGAGCGUCAUCCACCCGCUCCAGGCAUGGGGCCCAGCACGACCAUUCAGGUCAUACCCAAGGACAACAACAACAACGUUAACCCAACCAACAUAGACAGCAUUGAGGUGAUGCCGUUGAGCUGUGCUCGGGCUGCACCCUUGAAGCGCAGCUCAUUGAAUGUGGCCUUUCAGAGCUACAGCCUGAUGCAGCUAGAAGUCGAUGAGGGCCAGUCCCAGGAGCCGGGCAGAUUGGUCAUGGAUGCGGAAAUAUCGCCAACGUAUAUGCUAACCACACAUCAGCAGCUGCGCCUGCAGGCGGCCAUCAUGCAGGAAAAUGUGCCGCUGGCCGAUGCUCUGCUGCCCAUCGUGGAGGAUUUGUAUGAGGAGCACGAGCAGCUGGAUCGUGCUGGGCUCCAAUUGUUGCCAGCUCCAACACCACUGCCAUAUGGCACCAUGCGGUUUCACUACGGCCAGCCGUCAAGUAUGGCCAGCGCAAAGCCUGUCGCCUUGCCGAAAGCAAGGCCGGCUCGGCUGCCAGAUCCUGUGAGCCAACAGUGCCAGGAUGCGGGCCAAAGACGAGCCAUACCGGAAAAUGGGACCGUCGAUUAUGAGACCAUUAAUGGUACUAUCAUGGCACUAGAUCCAUAUGGAAACUAUCAACCAAUGCUGUUUUCGGAUUGGUGUAAGACAAAGAGCAACAACAGCAAAUAGCCGAAUCAUCGUUAAAAAUGCAACUGAUUGAUACAACUGAAGACUUAACCCAUCCUUAGAACCAUCCGAGUUUAACUAAAAUGUCUUCACAAAUUGGAAUUAUCACACAAACGAACGUAUAUUACAAGAAUGAAAAAAAA